UUUCUGUCUGACUCUCUAUCCCUCUCCUCUGCUCAAACCCAGCGGUGGCCUCGGUCGACCUUCUCCUUGCACCCACCACCACCACCACCGCCGCCGAACCGCCAUCAUCCGGCGGUGAUAUUCCGAAAACCGGCUGUGCACCACUAACUGUAUUGAGUUGAGGUAAGGUAUAACACUUCCUAAACACACAUUUGAGUUGUUGUGUUCAUUGCUUGGUUUUGGUUUUGGUUUUGGUUUAGUUUUCAUUGGCAUAAAACAUAGUUGUAUGUAUGUUUUUGGUGUUUGGGAAUCUCUCUCUGCUUUCGAUAUGAGUGUUAAUGCCCAUGUGGUUUCAUCCAUCAGUUAGACUCAAUUUGGGUUUUCCCAGAAUAUUGAGUUCCACUUCUUCUUCUUUCAAGUCCAUCUCUACUGCCCUUGCAUUCCUCAACCCAACUCAAUCGUCUGAUGAUGAAUAUGCAUCAUCAUCAUCUUUGUCUUCAUCUACUGCCUCUUCUUCUUAUGCUAAUAGUACUGCAACUGAUAUUUCUGGUUAUACCCACAACCUUAACACCACCAAAACUAGCACCCCUGUAGCUCAGGACUUAUUUGAUGCGUCCCGGGUUGUCCAAAUCUUGAACUCUAUGAAAAGGGAUCCCAAGACCGCAAUUUCAUUCUUUGACCGGUUAAAGGAACAGGGUUUCGCGCAUGAUGUAUCCACGUAUGCCGCGCUUGUUAGGAUCUUAUGCCAUUGGGGUCUGGAUAGGAAGUUGGAUGCUGUGUUUUUGGAAGUCAUUGUUGGGUCCUCUAAUGGCCAUCGUCAACACCCGGGAUUUGAAAUUUCUGAUUUGUUUGAAAGGCUUGUGGUGGUGGAGGGAUUGCAGGCUGAUGAGACAUUGGUUAGAGCAUACAAUGCGUUGGUUAAGUCUUAUGUUAGUAUCGGUAUGUUUGAUGAGGCCAUUGAUGUUUUGUUCCAAACGAAGAGACGGGGGUUCAUUCCUCAUAUCUUCACUUGUAAUUUUCUAAUGAAUCGAUUAAUUGAGCAUGGCAAAGUGGACAUGGCUGUGGCCAUUUACGAGCAGCUGAAGAGAUUAGGUUUGAGCCCUAAUGAUUACACCUAUGCAAUUGUGAUCAAGGCACUCUGCAGGAAGGGUGAUUUGGAAGCAGCUGUUCAUGUGUUUCAGGAGAUGGAGGUAGCAGGGAUUACUCCUAGAGCUUUUGCUUACACUGCAUAUAUCAAAGGGCUUUGCACCCAUCAGAGGUCGGAUUUGGGAUAUCAAGUGCUACAAGCAUGGAAAGGGGCAGAUGCCCCUAUAGAAGCAUAUGCUUAUGCUGCCGUCAUCCGUGGAUUCUGUGACGAGAUGAAAUUAGAUGAUGCAGAGAGUGUCUUUCUUGAUAUGCAAAAACAAGGGGUGGUCCCUGAUGCGCAAAGCUAUGGUGCAUUGAUCCAUGGGUACUGCAAGAGUUGCAAUUUGCUAAAAGCUUUGGCUCUCCAUAAUGAUAUGGUGUCAAAGGGUAUAAAAAGUAAUUGUGUGAUUGUUAGCUCGAUUCUUCAAUGCACGUGUAACAUGGGAAUGUCUUCGGAAGCAUUGAGUCUAUUUGAAGAAUUUAAGGGGUCUGGAAUUUUUCUUGAUGAGGCGUCAUACAAUAUUGUGGUGGAUGCUUUGUGCACACAGGGGAGAGUUGAAGAAGCUGUGCAACUGCUUGAAGAAAUGAAAGGUAAGCGUAUGAGUUUAGAUAUUAUGCACUAUACAACCUUGAUUAAAGGGUAUUGUUUCAUAGGAAAAAUUGUUGAUGCCUUGAAUCUAUUUGAGGAAAUGAAGGAAAAUGGUUUCAAGCCUGAUAUCAUUGUUUAUAAUGUACUUGCUGCUGGGUUUUCUAGAAAUGGCCUUGCAUCUGAGGCACUUGACCUUUUGGAAUAUAUGGAGGCACAGGGUUUGAAACCCAACUCUGUUACACACAACAUGAUUAUUGAAGGUUUAUGUAAAGGUGGCAAAGUAAAGGAAGCUGAAGAAUUUCUAAGUACUUUAGAGGAUAAGAGUGUGGAUAAUUAUUCUGCUUUGGUUAAUGGGUACUGUGAAGCCAACUGUACAAGUGAGGCCUAUAAACUUUUUGUUAGGCUGUCAAAGCAAGGAGUUUUAAUUAAAAAAAGUUCAUGCGUUAAACUACUCACUAACCUUUGCUUGGAAGGUGUUUGUGAUGGAGCUCUUGUGGUGCUUGAGACAAUGUUGGCAUUGAAUGUAGAACCAAGUGAGAUAAUGUACAGUAAAGUCUUAGCUGCUCUUUGUCAGGCUGGAGAUAUGAAAAAGGCUCGAUGGUUUUUUGAUUUUUUAGUUGAAAAAGGGUCAAGUCCUGAUGUCAUUUCCUACACAAUGAUGAUACAUGGUUUUUGCAAAAUGAAUUGCUUACAAGAAGCCCAGGAUCUCUUCCAUGAUAUGAAGGAGAGGGGGAUUGAACCUGAUGUCAUCACUUACACGGUUUUGCUAGAUGGUCUUUCCAAAACGAAUCUAAGAAGGGUUUGUUCCCCUUUAGAUGCAAGGGAAAAUAAGGAAGGGAAAGUGGAUGCUUCAACUGUUUGGACAGAAAUGGGGGACAAUGGUAUAAGACCUGAUGUUAUUUGUUACACUGUUUUAAUUGAUAGGUACUGUAAGACAGAAAACCUUCAGGAUGCUGUUGCCCUCUUUGAUAAUAUGAUUGACAGAGGACUAGAACCUGAUACAGUGACAUACACAGCUCUUUUGUCUGGCUAUUGUAAUAAGGGAGAUGUGGAUAAGGCUGUGGACCUCUUUAAGGAGAUGUCUACUAAGGGAAUACUGACAGAUACCCGCACCGUCUCUAUUCUACACCAUGGAAUUGUAAAAGCCAAGAAACUGCAAUUUCGGAGAUAGCACUCUAUUGACUGCCAACGGUCAAAUGAACCCAAAAUCCAAAAACUAGUUCACUCAACUAUUCAAAGGCAGAGCAGAAAGGAAGCUCUAUGGGUAGGCCUCUCUGAAGUCACUCAUCUUCAGAUUUUAUUUGACGAAAGAGGUCACUGUGCUUUCCAUUUACACCAGGUACUCUUUUCAAAGAACCAAAUAUCUUCAAAAACAUCCCCCAUCUUGAAAGAGGUUGGACUGAGCCUAUGUACAUUAAAUGUCAUGGUUUUGGUGAUCAUUACAGGACAAAUGAUACAGUUAUACCAGGAUCCAGAAAACUUAAAUUGGUAUUUGUACUGGAUAAACAUGAUGAGAAGAAAGAGUUGGAGGUUUUCAACUUUACUGGUGCUGGAGGUGUAGCCUUGUCCAUGGAUAACACUGAUGAGUCCAUUCAUGCUUUUACCGAGGCUUCAAUGAAUACUGCUUACCAGAAAAGGUGGCUACUGUAUCUUAGUACUAAAAACACCAUUCUUAAGAAAUAUGAUGGAAGGGAUAUGGUGAGAUAUCCAGUUCGUCAUGCUAAUUACUCUAUGAAGUUUGAGUAGUUUGUCAUCAACUUACGUGGUUGAAUUGCUAGGAAUGAAUACCGUCACUGAUAAUAUGGUACCUUAGGUUCUUAAAGUGAAAGAGGUUACGUGGACUUGCAGAAACUAUGAUUGCAAUGUGCAGAGUGAUUGUUUCGCCCAAUGUUUGUAUCAAUGCGGGAAUUGGAUGAAAAGUUUUUAGCUCUUGGAGUGUCCUAACUGAGUGUUAAGUUAUUCAUCUAGUUUACGAUAAAAACUCUUGCCAUUGGUACAGGAUUUGGAUCUCUUGGGCUGGUGACAUCAGUGCUGGGGUGUGCCUAGAUGGAAAGACAAUCAAACCUGAAGCAGCACAUGGGACAGUUACCACUAUUGCUGGCUCCAUCAGAGAGGUGGUGAAACCAGCAUAAACAGCACAGCAUCAAUAUUUGCUUGAACAUGAUGUCUUGCACACAGGUGAAAAUUGAGCAGGGCGGAUGACAACACAGAACUUUUGGAUUUACUGUGAAACUGGGAGCAGCAUGUGUUGGAACAGUCAAAUCAGGGAGGAUGACGAAGGAUCUUGAACUUCUUAUUCAUGGGCCCAAGUAAUUGCUGUCAAAGGCUGUUUCUUUUGAAAGUUAUGCUGUUGUGCUUAGUUUCUAUACAACAACAACAACACUAAUGCCUUAGUCCUGCUGUUGUGCUUAGUUUCUAUACAACAACAACAACAACAACAAUAAUGCCUUAGUCCCAAAAUUUGGAGUCGGCAAAGGAUCCUCAAUAGAUUAGAUUGGAUCGGCUAUGUGAAUUCUUUUCUUCCAUUCUAUACUAUCUAAAGUCAUGCUCUUAGUUACUUCCCUAAUUGACAUGCCCUUUUUAAUACUUCUACUAAUGUUUCUUAUUAAAAAAAAAAUUACUUCUACUAAUGUUAGUUUUUAUGUAUGGUAAAAUCUUUCAUGUUUUUGUAUAGGGUUAUUCCGUCAGCGUCAAAAUAGACGUAAAUGACCAUCUAGAGUCUAUUUUGAUUAGUUGGGGACAACUUUUACUUGUUAUUUUUUAAUGAUAUAGAAACAGACUUCAUUUA